CAUAUCCUUUUGAUAGCAGAUCCACAGAUGACAGAUAAUUUAUCUUAUGACCGACCAUGGAUUCUGCUACAGAUAACCAAGUUCUAUAGUGAUUUGUACAUGAAACGUAAUUAUAAACACCUGGUAAAUACAAUUCAUCCUUAUCAAGUCUUUAUCAUGGGUGACUUGAUGGACAAUGGAAGAGAAUGGGAUGAUGAAUACUUUCAAAAGGAAUUAAAAAGAUUCAACAAGAUAUUCAAGCGAAAGGAUAUCAAUCCGUAUUUUAUGGUUGGUAAUCAUGACAUUGGCUUUGGUGAUGGAGUCGAGCCUCGGCUAUUAGGCAGGUUUCAAAAGUAUUUUGGCCAAGCUUCUUAUGUCGUACAGCAUACAAACUAUGAUUUUCUUGUCUUGGACACUGUGUCACUCUCGUCCUCCAUUCCGCAAAUCAGGAAUAACGCAUUGUCCAUGUUACAAAAAUACCAAUCUUAUAACAAGACGACGAUUUUAUUCAGCCACGUUCCGCUCUAUCGUCAGCCAGAUAUGUCAUGUGGUCCUCUUCGUCAGACGACUUCAACGAUUAGGGAUGGCUAUGGAUAUCAGUAUCAGAAUUUGGUAUCCAAGGAACUUUCGGACCUUAUCUUGGCAACUGUGCGACCGACUCUUGUAUUUUCUGCGGAUGAUCAUGACUAUUGUGAAGUCAUUCAUAACGGAGCUAUAAAGGAAAUAACCGUGCCAACCUUUAGCAUGUCUCAAGGAGUAAGAUAUCCAGGACUAGUUGUCUUGUCCAUGUCAGAUCAA